AGAGAGAGAGAGAAGGGUCGUCGAUUCGUCGGGGUCUAAGUGCCUCGAAAGAUUUUUUUCAGAGUCAGGGGUUCGAAUUGCCAGGCGAGAAACCCUAUCGAGUUCGCGGAAGAUCCGAUCUUUUCGCGUUUUUGCUGCAUCAAGCAAACGCGUCCCCUUUAGGGUUUGGCUCUUUGCUUCUGUGGUCUGUCUAUUCAUUUUCCUUUUUCUUUUUCGACUUAAAAGAAAAAUCUCCUGCUUGUCGUUGUUUGAUCCGUGGUGGUUUUUUCAAUGAAUCCCCCGGUAUGAUGAUCUCGCCGGUACCGACGCGUUGAUUUGUGGAGGAAGUUCUCGUUUUGUUAGAAUCGGCUUUUUCUUUGGGUGGAUUCUGUUUCCUGCUGCUUCUUCGUCUCCAUUGAGGGUUUUGAGUGGUUCUGAAAUUUAGGGUUCUGAGUCAUCCUUGCUUUUCCUGGAAGAGAGGUCUCUUUCUUGUGUUUCUCCCUCUGAUGGACGUUGAUCUCAGGAAGGAUGGUCUCUUACUUGGGGUUUGAUGGUUGAGAGACUGCAGGCUUCUUGUCUGUUUGUGUUUGUGAAGGUCGCGCUUGUACGUGGUGGGCGUUUUGAGGUGCUUGUGAGAUAAGGUCCGGGGGACUUUCAGGAAAGUGUAUGAGUCAUUCAUUAUUGGUUGCCUGGGUGAAUUGGAAUUGGAGACCUUCGAGAACUCAGAUUAGCGAUUCGAUGCUUCAAAGCAUAAUGGAUGAAUGUUCAUCACAGGAGGAGUUGCGACAAAACGACAAGUGGGCUUUUAAUCCAGGCAAUGACGGAGGAGGUGUACCGAGUGCAGGUGGAAGUGAAGUUCAUGAUAGCAUGGUUAGAGAUGCUGCCAAUGUGGCACACGCAAGCAGCAGCAGUGUUGUUGAAGUUCAGGAAGAUGGUCAAAGAUUAACAGCUUCUUCUGAAGCGGAACUUGUUUUGGAGAGGGGCAGUAGUGGAUCUGGUGGACCUUCUGAACGCUGUUUGGGUAUUAGGUCUUCUCAGAGUGUUGAGCGCUUUAGUGCUAUGAUUGAAAGGGAUUGGUGUCGUGAAGAGAUGCAUCUGUUGGGGCAGGUGGAAGAAUGCUUUCUCAGAGCUCCAGAAACUCUUGAGACGGAAAAUUUUAUUUUUGAUCAAGACGUCCAGUCUUAUAUGUUCCAGAAAGGUUCCUGGGAUGGUGAGGUCAGCAAAAGUUUUGAAGAAAUCCAACACAAGAGGGCAAGAAUACUUGUGAAUCCACAUGGAUGUGAUUAUGCUGCCGUUACUUCUACAGCCUCUGGCACAUCUGCAACAAGCUCCAGUGCUGGUCAAUGUCUUUCACAAGCCAUGUCUAUUUCAUCUGAAACUGGAAAUGAGAUGCCUAUCCACCUCACCUCCACCAUUGGUUACAGUAAAGCUACUAGGGAAUCUGGUGGUGAUCGUGGAAAUGAUGGAGAAGAUGAGAACACUAGUUCUAAAUUGGAAGAUCAUGAAGUCAGGAUGGAUCUUACCGAUGAUCUGUUGCACAUGGUUUUCUCAUUCCUAGACCACAUACAUCUCUGCCAUGCAGCUAGAGUAUGUAGACAGUGGCGAGCGGCUAGUGCCCAUGAAGAUUUCUGGAGGCGUUGGAAUUUCCAGAAUAAGAAGAUUACACCAUUACAGUUUGCAGAUAUGUGCAGCCGAUACCCCAAUACAUCGGAGGUGAAUAUAGUUGGUACUCCUGCUGUUGAGAUGCUUGCGCAGAAAGCACUGACCUCUCUUAGAAAUUUAGAAGUCCUGAUUUUGGGAAAAGGACAGUUCAGUGAUGGGUUUUUCCAUGCUCUGGUUGAUUGUCCUGUCUUGAGCAAAUUGGAUAUCACAGAAUCAAAUCUGGCUGCUGGUAGUCCAGAAAUAGUUGUUUGCCAUGACAGAUUGCGUCACCUUAGCAUGACAAAAUGUCGUGUAAUUCGGAUUUCUGUAAGAUGUCUUCAACUUGAGUGUCUGUCCUUGAAGCGUACAAAUGUAUCACAUGCCAUGCUGAAUUGUCCACAGUUGAAAAAACUGGACAUAGCCUUCUGCAACAAACUCUCAGAUGCUGGAAUACGAUCUGUUGCUACCUCGUGUCCUUUGUUGACAUCCUUGAAUAUAUCAAAUUGUACUGCUGUUAGUGAUGAAACAUUAAGAGAAGUUGCUCUCUCCUGUCCAAAUCUUCGUGUUCUUGAUGCAUCUUAUUGCCCAAAUAUCUCUCUUGAGUCUGUCAGACUGCCACUUUUGACAGAUUUAAACCUGCAUAACUGUGAUGGCAUUAAUUCUGCUUCAAUUGCUGCUUUGUCUUAUUGCUACAUGCUGGAGGCAUUGAAGCUUGACUGUUGCUGGUUGCUGACUUCUGUCAGUCUAGACCUGCCGCACUUACAGAACAUCAGUCUUGUCCAUUGUCGCAAGUUUUUGGAUUUAAACUUGCGGUGCCCUUCCCUUUCAUCUGUCACUGUAUCAAACUGUCCUGUGCUUAAUCGGAUCAGUAUCACUUCAAACAAUCUCCAGAAAUUGGUGCUGCAGAAGCAGGACAGUUUAACCUCUGUUCAUUUACAAUGUCAAAGAUUGCAAGAGGUGGACCUUAGUGAGUGUGAGUCCCUGAAAAAUACUAUUUGUGAUGUUUUUUCUGAUGGUGGCGGCUGCCCAAUGCUCAAGUCAUUGACUCUUGAUAGCUGUGAGAGCUUGACAAAGGUUGGAUUGAACUGCACCUCAUUAGUUACCCUUUCGCUAGUUGGUUGUCGUGGCAUGAAAAGCCUUGAACUUGGAUGUCCGAACCUUCAGGAAGUCUUUUUGGAUGGUUGCGAUCAUCUUGAGGAUGCAUCUUUCUGCCCUGUUGGGCUCAGAUCACUUAAUCUUGGCAUAUGUCCAAAGUUGAGUACACUUAGACUUGACGCAUCACAAAUGACAAUAUUGGAGUUGAAGGGGUGUGGUGUGCUUUCUCAAGCAGCAAUAAAUUGUCCUAGUUUGGUAUCUCUCGAUGCAUCAUUUUGCAGCCAACUUCAGGAUGAUUGCCUCUCCGCCACAACUGCUUCCUGUCCAAACAUCGAGUCCUUGGUCUUGAUGUCAUGUCCAUCUGUUGGUCCUGAUGGGCUGUCUUCUUUGUGCCGUCUGCCGAAUUUGACCCUGCUUGAUUUGUCAUACACAUUCUUAACAAACUUGCAGCCUGUUUUUGAGAGUUGCACUCAGCUUAAGGUCCUGAAGUUGCAAGCCUGCAAGUACCUUCUCGAUUCCUCUUUGGAUGCUCUUCAUAAAGGAGGGGCUCUUCCAGCCCUUCGUGAGCUUGAUUUGUCAUAUGGGAGCAUCUGCCAGUCUGCCAUUGAGGAACUUCUUGCUUCUUGUACCCAUCUUACACACGUGAGUUUAAAUGGGUGUGCAAACAUGCAUGAUCUUGAUUGGAGUUCUGGUGAUCGCCAGUGUUUCCAGUUUGGAAAUGUUGUUCAACCCUUUGAUCUGCUACCUGGUUCGGUAAAUGUCACCGAGAUAAAUGAGGAGGAGCCUGACCGCUUGCUUCAGAAUCUCAAUUGUGUUGGUUGCCCAAAUGUAAAGAGGGUUAUCAUUCCUCCAUCUGCUCGCUGCUUUCAUUUAUCAUCAUUGAACCUUUCCCUGUCUGCUAAUCUGAAGGAAGUGAACCUCGCAUGUUACAGCCUCUGUUUCUUAAAUUUGAGCAAUUGCUGCUCACUGGAAAAUUUGAUCCUCAAUUGCCCCCGGUUGACCAGUCUUUUGCUUCAGUCCUGUGGGAUUGAAGAGCAAGUUGUUGAAGAUGCAAUAUUGCACUGCAAUAUGUUAGAAACACUAGAUGUUCGAUUUUGUCCCAAGAUAACUGGUGCAGGGAACCUUCGAAUGGUUUGCCCUAGUUUGAAGCGUCUCUUCAGCAGUUCGUGCAUGUGAUCAUGAUUUUUGAUUCCUGUUGAGUUGAUCUUGUCCUAAUUAUGGACUCAAAUAUUAUGGUCUUAACACCGUCUUCCAUCCCACUGUAGGUCUGGGGUGUUCGAGUUUAUUUCUGAGGGGUUUGACUAUGUCCUCUGCUUGUUCACCGUUUUUGUGUGCAUUGCCGUGUAAGCUUAAAAAAGCACUCGUCUUGUAAUAUCUGAACAUUUAUGUUAUUGCUUUAUCAGCUGCUGAA